UGAACAUUACUUAAAGGAUCAACUAGUUUUGUUUCAUAUAUUAAUUAUUACUAGAAUCAAUCGGUUAAUACGCUUGUUAUUAAUUCGGUUCUUUCAAUGGUAGUAAACUUGGGUUGUUAAUGCAUGCUUCUCAUGAUUAAUAAGCCAAGGGGAAUUAAUUAUAUUGAUUAAACCAAUAAACCGCUUGUGUUGAGGUUAUCAAUCUCAAUCGUUUUCAUCUUGAUUUUAUUGCUACUAUCAAGUUAAUAUACGGCGCUUGUUCUAUAUUGACUCGGUAGUAAGUUUUAUUAAUGAACGCGUCUCGUUAUUAAUAACUACCCUCGAUGAACUGGAUAUACUCCUCGAUUGAGUAUUCGAGAGGAAGAUAGUUAAAGAUAUAACCGGGAUCGACGAACAUUUCAUUAAGUGGAUAAAAGCAAAACCAAGUCUUCUUCUCAUUAAUUAAACCACAUAACUCGUUCAUCUUCGUGUUUAAUUUAUUAAACCAAAUCAAACUAAAACCCCCCAUUUUGUCACUGGUUCUAUAAAAAGAAAAGUAUUCCUUUCCCUGUGGAUACGAACCUUACUUCACUAUACUACGUAUUAGUGUUGUAUUGUAUUUAUUAUUUUGAGUGCACACCACGACAAAGUGCACGUCAAAUUUGGCGCCGUUGCCGGGGAAAGGCAAUAAUUUUUCUUUUUAUUUUAAAUUAAGAAAAAUCGAAAAAAAAUAUAAAUAAAUAAAAUAUAAAGCGCUCUUACUUUUUCUAUUUCUGAGUUUACAUGAGUAUAUGGUAAAAACCCGUUCUAUAAACGAACUUACUUACCAAACAAACCCCGAAAUAGAACAAGCCUUCGAGAGGUUGAGAAAUUUAUUUCCGCACACACCCUCGGAGGAAUCCUCAAACGCUAGCUCUAGCUCUAGCGAAUCCGAAGAGUCAUUCCACAUGGCUCUCGAGACAAGGACCUUGAGGGAGCUCACAGCUCCAAACUUGAAUCAACAACCAUUAUGUAUUACCUUUCCUACUCUUGAUGAAGGUAAUACAUUUGAGCUGAAAUCUGGGCUCAUACAUUUAUUGCCAUCUUUCCAUGGCAUGAGAGGAGAAGAUCCGAAUAAACAUCUUUCGGAGUUCCACAUCGUUUGCACAAGCAUGUGCCCAAACGGUGCCACAGAAGAGCAAAUAAAACUGAGAGCCUUCCCAUUCUCAUUGAAAGAUACUGCGAAGGAUUGGCUUUUCUAUCUUCCUUCGGGAAGCAUCAACACAUGGGCACAAAUGAAGAAGUGCUUCCUCGAUAGGUAUUAUCCUGCUUCCAUCUCAUCUUCUCUCAAAAAGCAAAUAAGCAACAUCGAGCAAAAGGAUGAUGAAUCCUUAUAUGAAUUUUGGGAAAGAUUUAAGAAGCUAUGUGCUAGCUGUCCCUAUCAUGGCUACUCAGAACAAGACCUCAUCUUAUACUUUUAUGAUGGUCUUGUUGAUGAUGAUAGAAGAAUGGUGAACGCCGCUUGUGGAGGCGGCAUUGUUAAUAAAACUCCUUCACAAGCUAUAAAUCUUAUCUCGGAAUUGGCCGAGAACUCACGGCAAUUCGGUCGCAGAUCCUCAACUCGUAGAGUUGCCGCGGCAGAAUCGACAUCAUCACUGGAGAGUCAAGUUGCCGGCUUGACUUCCUUGGUUAAGGAUUUCCUCUUAAAAUCCAAGACCCAAGAAGUCAAGGUCUGCGGCAUUUGUACGCAACAAGGGCAUCCCACUGACUCAUGCUCGACUCUUCAAGAAAACGAUACAGAGCAAGUCAAUGCCUUGGGUUUCCAAGGCCACCAACAAAGGAGGUACGAUCCAUUCUCAAACUCUUACAACCCUGGAUUAAGAGAUCAUCCAAACUUGAGGUAUGGAAACUCCCAACAAUCCAAACCAUCUUCUCAACCAUCUUUUGACAAUCAAGGUUCAAACUCUCAAUCUAAUAUGUCAACGGAUGAAAUGAUACGAGCUUUGACUUCAAACAUGGUUACCAUGCAACAAAGCAUGGGUCAAUUUCAACAAACCAUGAUACAAUUCCAACAUGAAACGAAGUCAAGCAUUAAAAAUUUGGAAACCCAAGUUAGCCAAAUUUCAAAUGCCGUAAGCCGUCUUGAAGCAAAGGACUCGGGUAAACUCCCAUCUCAAACGGAGCAAAACCCGAGACAACAUGUGAAUGCAAUCAUGUUGAAGGGGGUAAAAAAAAAUGACCAAGAGAUCAAGGAGGUUGAUCAUGAAGAAGAAGCUCAAUCUGAGGAGGGAACCACAAAGGCGAAACUUCCACCAUAUGCAUCGUAUGAACCAGUAGCCCCAUUUCCCGAGGCACUGAUGGAGACAAGGAAGCUGGAGAAAGAUACUGACAUCUAUGAGACAUUCGCCAAGUGUGAGGUAAACAUUCCGCUCCUUAACUCAAUUAAAAAUGUUCCCCGUUUUGCUAAAUUUUUAAAAGAAUUAUGCAAAACAAAACGAAAGGAUAAGUCAAAAGAAAAGCAAGAGGUCAAGGUUAGUGAACAUGUAUCGGCUCUAUUUCAAAAGAAACUUCCCGAAAAAUGUAGCGACCCGGGCAUGUUCACCAUACCUUGCAAGAUAGGGGACACCGCAUUUUCUAAGGCCUUGUUGGAUUUAGGGGCAUCUAUAAAUGUCAUUCCUUACUCUGUUUAUAAAUCCCUACAACUCGGCCCACUACAUCAAACAGGUGUAGUGAUUCAACUAGCGGAUCAUUCUAAUACUUACCCGAAGGGUAUAAUAGAAGAUGUGCUAGUAGAAGUAGAAAAUAUGGUUUUUCCUGUUGACUUCUAUGUCCUUGAAAUGGGAAAUGAUGACCAAACAACACCCAUCCUUUUGGGUAGACCCUUCUUAAAGACCGCAAAAACAAAAAUUGACGUGUCUAGUGGUUCAUUAACUUUAGAGUUCGAUGACCAAAAAGUAGAGUUCAACAUCUUUGACUCUACGAAAAAACAAAUUAAAGCCCAAUCUCUUUGUUCUUUAACUGUUUUUGGACCACAAGAACCAAAGUCCUUGAAGGAAUCUAAUAAAAUCCCAAUUUUUCAAAAAAAUAAGAAUAGGGGAUCAUCUGCGGUUGAGGAGGCAAUAAAAACAAAAAUUCGACCUUACUGGAAAAGGUCGAAAAACAAAAUGAGUACGAGGCCAAACAAGAUUGUUCACGAUCCCACUUAAAAUAGAAAAUAAAAUAAAAAUAACGUCGUGCCGCGACGUUAAAUCAAGCGCUUCUUGGGAGGCAACCCAAGUUUGUAUUUUGAGCAUUUUCAUUUAUUUUUGUGUGCGAGAAAACCUUUUCAAAAAAAAAAAAAAAAAAAAAAAAAAAUUAAGGCCAGACCCGGCCGGGUAACUUUUUGAACCCGGUCGGAUCUAGCAGAAAAAUAUUUUCACCAGACCUCCACCCGACCGAAGCAAGUCACAAUUAUUUCGAAAUUUUUUUUUUACCCGACCGGGCAACUCCAACAAACCCGGCCGGGUAACUAAAUUAUUUGGUACCAGACCACUGCUUUGCAAAUCCGACCGGGUCAAACCACAUACCCGGCCGGACAAAAAAAUAAAAUAAAAUAGUCAAAAUUAACUAAUACCCGACCGGGUACUUUAUUUCACCCGGCCGGGUAUUCAUUCCAGUAGCUACUGGAUAGGCGGGAUCGAAAGGCCCGACCGGGUCUAUUAACCCACCCGACCGGGUGAACGGGAAAACACCCCUAUACCAGGUCGGGCUACCCUCUUCCUCUCCCAAUCUUCUUCUUCUUCCUACGAACCAACCCCCAAAAUCCCCCAUUUUUACACUCCAAAAGCUUCGAAUCUACCCCAUUUCUCCACCAAAUCAAUCAAAUAAAAUCAUUUUCUUCAUCUCCCAUUCACCCUCUUCCACUCUAUACCCAUAAAUCCAUCUCAAAUCCACCAAUUACACCAAACCCACAAAACCCUACCCCAAAUCCGAAAAUCCCCAUUUUUGGGCAUUCAAGGUCCAAAAUCAAACCCAAAAUCCCCAACCAAUAUCAUAUCCUUGUUCUCCUCACCAUUCUCUUCCAAACCAUACCGAUAAAAACUCUCCAAAACACACCCUAGCCAAAAGUCCGAAAAUCCUUCAAGAAAAAACCAAAAAAAAUCAAAUUCAAUGGCUCCAAGAAAAUCAAAAGGCUCUUCCUCAAGGGGUAACCGAGCUAUACCACCGGUGCCGGGCUACGAGAAUGUGGAUUUGGCUACGGAGGGUCAAAGGGAAAGCUUCAUCAACCAAACAAAGAGGGAGGUAAAACAAUCCCGUUUCAUGUGCUUAACUACUCUAGCAUUACUGUGGAUUGAUGUUGUGAUGCGUGACAUAUUUGCGAGAAUUGGAAUGACUAGAAUAUUUGGAAUGCAAUAUGUUACAUAUCCUCAUUUGGUGUAUGAAUUUUUUAGCUCGUUUGCGUAUACGAAAGAUGUGGAUGAUCAUGCAAAUGACAUCAUCACCUUUCGUUUACUAAAUGAAAAUCGUUCAUUAACCAAAAGGGAAUUUGCUCAACACUUUGGCCUCCCAUUAUUUGAUGAAGCACGUACAUAUGAUUCUCUUGUGGGAUAUGAGUUGUGGAAGAGAAUGACAGGAAAACCUGUGGUUGAUCUUUCUAAGCUGAGCGUGAACCGUGUGCAACAUCCGGUCUUCCGACUAUUCUUAAAAUUCUGCUCCAAUUGUUUUCUCGGAAGACCAAAUAAUCAUCACACACGGAUUUGGGAUGUGUGCGUUCUAGCACAAGCUGUUUUGCCUGGCCCGGAUCAAGUUGAUGUUGCCACCAUCUUAUGGACCCAUUUCUACAACGUGGCAACAUCAACAGGACCAAUUGUGAUGGGGGGCCUCAUCACACAUAUAGCCACUUUAUAUGGUUUUGUAGACCACGGCCCCAUCACCUCAAGACAACUUAUUUGCACUGAAUGGCUUGUAACAAAGACCCUAGACUUGGUAUCCUCUCACAAAACACCAACCGGGGCACAAGUCUAUAAUUGGCGCAUCCUCCCACGCACCUCCAUCUACCUCCAAAUACCCUCGGCCGAUGUCCCCCUGGAUAUCAUCGAUCACCAAAUCGGGGAUGGUCAUCACUAUUGUCUUCCCGGGGCAAUCCCGGAUCAUUAUGAAGAACCCAUCCAAAAUGAAGAUGAUGAAGAACCACCAAUCAUACCCGAACAACCCCCACUAAUGCCUGAACAACCACAACCUCAAGCUUUUCACUACACACCUUUCGAGCAACAAAUGCUCGAUAACAUGGCCAUGCUCAACAACAACUACACCCAACUUCGGAAUGAAGUUGGAUUAUAUCGUACGGAGCACAGGCAGAGCUUUGAGAGGAUGGAGGAGCAGCGGCAGGCAGACUGGCGUAGAUAUGAGGAAGACCGCCGGAGAGAUGAGGAGGACCUACGGAGGACCUAUGGUCCUAUUUAUUCCUAUAUGGCGCAUCAGGGUGGAUUUGCAUCUAUGACCACUCCCCCUCCCGCACCCUCUUGGUAUGAUCCCACUGCAUGGGGUUAUUUUGGAGGCUCGAGUUCCGGUGGUGGAGGCGAUGAUGGUGGUUAUGGCGGUGAUCACAUGGAUGAGGACAGACACCAUGGUGGCGGUAUGGGCGGGCACUAGGGACAGUGCAAUGACUCAGCUGGGGGGAGACUAUUCUGGAUCCUAAGGGUGAUGAUGAAAGGGAGUUCGUUGGUGAGAAAACCAAUUUCGAAGACCUCUUGAUGUUGGGGAUAUUUUUUGUAAUCAUUCUGCUUCUAGAUACACUUUAUGGUGGUUGUUUUGAUACUGUUGUUUUGAAGACUUCAUGGACAUGAUUUAUUUUACUCGAGACGAGUAAAAGUUCAAGUGUGG